GUCACCGCGUUGGCAACCCGAGUGACGCCAGCGAAGAUGUUAGCGCGCGUCAUCUUACCGUCUUCACGUAGAAUAAAGUUUAAGUUCAUCCCACAGGUUUUUCAGUUGGGCUUAAGUUAGGAGAUUGUCCGAAGAUCCAACAGUGGCUGAGUUUUAGCCUAUAGACAGAGUCCAAGAUGGAUCUUAACAAGGUUGUCAGGGCUUUGUAGAAAAAAAAACACCACUACUCCACUAUACCUAACAGCAUGAAGACAAAGCCAUGCAUGUGAUAAGACCAAAAUCAGCCAAAGGACGAACCAGACCCAGAGCGACUCAGGUUCAGGAUGAUGAGCAUGCCCAUCAAAAGCCCACAUUUCCCCCUCACCCACCUCAUCCUCCACCUGGCCCUCGUCCUUUGUCCACUAUAAGCCAGAGGUCUAACUUGUUGCUUCGGCCUUGCUCGGUCAGGCACAACAUUACAGAAAACUCAGAGAUGUUUGAGAAAUCCCUGGAUGCCCCAGUGCUACCACUGAACAGAUACCAGGUCCUCCCUUCCAUCGAGAAGAAACCAGAAAAGCAGUCUAACAGAUGCCUGGAGGAGAAGACCUUAAGACUCAAUCGGUCAGACAACAGCUCACUUGGGGCCCACACCUCCCGUCUCUUUCCUAAACCCACAUCUAGGAGUGGUCUACAGUUUCAGAAUGAGUCCAGAGAAAGGUGUGGGCCUGCUGAGCCUGUUAAGACUUCACAUUCUGGAUGCCAAAAGAGGGAGGCAGAUCUUCUGCUUGCUGUUCGGACUCCAUGUGGUCAAAGAUUUAAGUGCUAUUUUCAUUCCACAGACACACUUCAGACUGUCAUAGAUGCUGCAGAGGCCAAAUAUGGAAAACAGUACAGGCACACACUGAUUGAGACCAUGGAUGUUCCUCGACGGAGCUUCACCAAUUUGACUAUGACUUUCUCACAAUGUGACAUAAUAAAUAAGUCAGUUUUAUGCAUCAGCUUUAAAGACGCAGAUUAGUAUCACAACCUGAUGGAUGAAUAUUCACAGUUGUUAUAACUGAUGUAUUUUUUAACAGUAAUUAUACAACUAAAAUGUGAACACAUUGCAACGAUGUUAGUAUUUAUUUAUAUACAUUUCUGAUUAGUGAUUAUACUUGGCCGUCUAUCCUAACGUGUAGAAACCUCAACAAUUACUAAGGAAAUCUGGCCCACAUGUUGCCUAAUAUUUAUACCCCAGUAAAUCAAAAAGUCAUGAGUUAUUGCGUAAGAGUUCCUGUAAGUUUUGCUUAUAUGAAUUUCUGGGGGCAAAUGCUUACAAUCUAAGCAAGGGUUGAAGGCCUCGUUCAAGGGUCCAACAGUAGCAACCUUCCGAUUACCAGUCCAGUAUCUUAACCACUGACCUAUUGUGUUUAAAUUAAAACACUGACUAGGCCACUCCAAAAAUGUAUUUGUAGCCUUUUAAAUGUCCUACUGCAUAACCCCGGUACAGUUGGGCUUUACCUAACAGACUGAUCAACUUACACACUUCUUAAGAAUCUACUCAUAAAGAACAUUCUCCUUCCUUUAAUAACAGCAGCUCUUCAAGUCUUCAUACCCAGACUACACCAACAACUACCACAGACAUGUGUGAGCCUAUUAAAUGCUGUUUUGCAUUGUA